UAAGGAAGUUAAAUAAAUGUGAACAGUUUGAGGGUCAAAGUCACCAAAGUGACCCAAUGACCCGCGGCAGGACUGUCACGUGAUGCCGUUCAGUUCCGCCGUGCUGAGGGUGCGCUCCAGCUGCGUCGCGUUUGAGCACCGGUGCGCUUCCACCUUCAUCUUCUUCUUCAUCAUCAUGAUGAUGACUCGCGUGCGGUCCGCGGUCUCCAGCAUCAUCGGCGGCAUCAUGGCUUCGGGAUCCAGCGCGCAGGAGACCCAGCCGGAUCCACCGCUCCGGUUCCCGUACAGCAGACCGGAUUUCCUCGCGCUGUCUCCAGACGAGGUGGAGUGCUCUGCGGAUCACAUCUCCAGACCCAUCCUCAUCCUCAAGGAGAUGAAGCUGCCCUGGGCCGCCGGCUACGCGGAGGUGAUCAAUGCCGGUAAAAGCACCCUAAAUGAGGACCAGGCGUGCUGUGAGGUGGUAGAGCUCAGGAAACGACUCGCAGACCCGUCUAGCCCCAGCUACACUCCCACCAGGAGACGCUCCUCGCUGCCCAGCGUAGACAUCCUGGAGUCCAUCGACAGCUCAGAGGUGAAGGAACUGAACUUCCACUACUGGGCUCUGUUUGACGGUCACGGCGGUUCCGGAGCCGCGGUUUUCGCAGCCAAGUUCCUCCACCUCCAUAUCGAGGAGCAGCUGCAGGAGGUGCUGGAGAUCCUGAAGAAUCCGUCCCUCCAGCCGCCCACCUGUCUGUGCGAGGAGAACCCCGUCCAUCACCUCCACCCGUCUGCCGGAUGCUCCCAGCGGGGCCUGUCCCGGGCCGCUUCGCUCAGAGGGGCCGCCGGGGCCCCGGGGUCCCCUAAUACAAUGGCCCCGCGGUUCUUCAUGGAGAAGAAGAUCAAACAGGAGAGUCUGGUGGUGGGAGCCAUAGAGAAUGCCUUCAAGGAGAUAGACUCUCAUAUCGCUCGAGAGAGGAUGGUUUACUCUAUAUCUGGAGGAUGUACCGCUCUAGUGGUGGUGUAUUUACUCGGAAAACUGUACGUGGCCAACGCCGGUGACAGCAGGGCUCUGAUGAUCUGUGGAGGAGAGAUCACGCCCAUGUCCAGCUCCUUCACUCCUGAAUCAGAGCGCCAGAGACUUCAGUUCCUGGCUCACCUGCAGCCGUCGCUGCUGGGAAACGAGUUCACGCACUUGGAGUUUCCCAGAAGGGUCACAAAGAAAGAGGUUGGGAAGAGAAUGCUGUGCCGAGACUUUACCAUGAACGGAUGGCUGGAGGCUUCGGCAGGAACAGAUAGCAAAAGCCACUCGGCAGCGGCGGCACGAGGGAGUCUGAGAAAGCAGCUGGCUCGUGUUUUGGCCACCAUCGGCGUCACUCGUGGACUCGGCGAUCACGACCUGAAGGUUCACGACUCCGACAUCGCUAUCAAGCCGUUCCUCUCCUGUUCUCCAGAGAUGAAGAUCUAUAACCUCUCUCAGUAUGAGCACGGUGCCGAUGAUGUCCUGAUCCUGGCUACAGAUGGACUCUGGGACGUGCUGUCCAAUCAGGAAGUGGCAGAGGUGGUAUCUGGUUUCCUUGGAAACUGUGACCCUGAUGACAAGCACAGGUACACAAUGGCAGCUCAAGACCUGGUGAUGAAGGCCCGCGGUGUCCUGAGGGACCAAGGCUGGAGAAUCGCCGGAGACCGGCUCGGCUCUGGAGACGACAUUUCGGUCUUUAUAAUUCCUCUAAUGCACGGCAAUAGCCAACAGCCUCAGCCUAGCUGACCAAUCAGAAGGCAGGGCGCCAACCGAAUCGGACCGAAUCCGUCUCUAACCCAACAUUCAAAUGCUCCGACAGCGUCCUGCUGGAGUUUAAGGAACCCGUUGUGCAUUUGAUCUCAUUUACAAAUAUGAACACUUGCUUUUAAGACUUAGCAGUCGAUGACUGCUGACUUUGAAGACCCACGUCAACGUUCCCUACCUCCGCGUGGGUUGGUGGGAUCAGUAUAUAAGAUAUAACUUUCCACAAUGACUAAAGGAGGGUCCGGUUCUUUGAAGUUCUCCAUGGACAAAUGCGCACCCUCCGCAGUUUGUUUAUCCGCACUCAUCUGGCAGCUAGGCGAAACCAAGCGCGCUUUGUUUUUCUUUUCAGGAUAUUAAUUCAUCUUCUGACUGUUUCGUUUGUGGAUUUGUUUUUUGCGUUCCCUGAAAAAAAUCUAAGCAAUUCUGGCUGUUAUUUGUACAUCCUGUUACUCCAAGUUACUGUAAAUGAAAAAUGAGCAUUGUUUUUGUUUCUCCUGUGCUCUGUAAAUUUGCAAUGGGUACUAAGUUAAAUAAUGCCAAUCUGAUCUUCCAUUCAUCACGGUAAGAUUCUUAGGAUGAUACAUUUUUAAGGAACAAUAAAUCAUGUGUCCGGCAAAGAAGUCUGAUGUUCAGCGACCGUUCCCUUUGAUUUCUGUACGCACCGUUGUGAAUUAACACCUACCUGCAAUCUGUUCUCCAGGGCUCCUGUGUGGAGGUUUGGUGAGGUCUGACUUACGAUACAUCAUGUUCACAGUGGCACCUUCCUCUUCUACAGCACAAACCCGCUGUGAGCAUUUGGAAAGGCUUUCGUAUACACACACACACACACACACACACAAUGUGCAAACACUGACAUACACACUCCCCAAGAGAGUGGCCAUCUGGUCAGCACAACCUGAGUGUGACCAAAACAAGACUGAUUUGGCCAGAGAUUCAGCUGUGUGUGUGUGUGUGUAUGCGGACUGCUCUCUAACACACUUUAGCGCAGUCGUUUGUGUGGGUGGAGGCGCUGCAAGGGCAUCACAUGCUUACUAAAGGAGCUUUCUGGGAAGUGCACACACAUGCACUACAAAAAUGAUUCAUAAACCGCUUAUGUUGCCCCAUUAAUUCUGGCCCACAGAUUUUUUUAAAUAAAAACUCAUUGAAGAUAUUUCACUAGAAUCUUUCUAAAAUAACAAUUUCAUGUUUUCCCAAAUAAUGUACUCCCUAUGUAAAAACUAAAAUUCCAGACAGUUGUUAAAAGAAUAAAGACAUAAUUC